GUUGAGUGUUAACCUCAAAUCUGAUGUUUAUUUAUUAAUUACUUCCCUAUCGUACUUUGUGAAAUUCAUAUUACUGCUAAUUCUAAUACAGUAAUGGGUCAAUAGCAUAUUUAAAAAUUCGUGUUCAGCAUGCAAGUCGUAUUGAAGUUUCGCGGUAUGAUCAGACUAUAUCAAAAUGCUCUUGUCCGGCGACCGUAUUUAAUGCAAGCUAUCCAAAGUGGAGCAUUAAUGGGAGCCGGCGACUUGAUAUCACAGACAUUAAUAGAAGAAAAACCAUUAAAGGACCUUGAUUACAAGAGAACAUGUCAGUUUGCAUCUAUUGGCCUUUUUGUCGGUGGGCCAGCACUUCGUGUCUGGUAUGGGAUGCUACAAAAGUACAUAGGGACACAGGGCAAAGCUGUUGCUCUUAAGAAAGUAUUUAUUGACCAAGCUAUAUUUGCCCCAUCAUUCCUCUUCAUGAUCCUAGCAACAGUGGGCACAAUGCAGGGCAAGAACUGGGACACAGUGCAAACUGAGAUCAAGGCAAAUUAUGUAGAUGUGUUAAAGACCAAUUAUUUAAUUUGGCCGUGGGUCCAAGUUGUAAAUUUUUACUAUGUGCCACUACAAUACCAAGUGCUUAUUGUACAGGCUGUUGCAUUGUUUUGGAAUACAUAUUUGUCUUGGAAGACCAACAGACAACAAUAACGUAGUAACGUAACUUGACUAAAUAAAUAAAAUAAUUAGAGUUAGACCAAGAAAAGUCUGCAGCGAUUGUGAUAGUCUACACAGUCUGUUAUUUAUGAGUCAUAAUUUCAUAGAAAUUUGAUGUUUAAAAUGAUACUUGCACUGCAUGGGCUAUCAAAAUCGCUAUAGACUUUUCUUGGCCUAACUCUAGGGUCAUCUGGAAUUACCCUUUUAAUUUUAGAAGGUACAUACUAGAAUAUAAAUAUUACAACAAUGUCCGUAAAUAUUGUUACUGUAAAUAAAAUCUGAUAUCUUCUUGUAAGGGCCACCAUACAAAAUCUUCCUAUAUUUAAUUGGAACCUAGUAGUAUAGCAAAUAGGAAUGAAUUUCGUUUGUUUGAGAAAGCAAUGGAUUGAAAGAAUAAUAAAAUUCUUGCAGGCUUACAGUAGUUACAGUUGAUCCCAAAACACUCACAAAGUAUUAUGAAAGCUUUUUUUAUUUUCAAACAGGUGUACAUUGCAAUGCACAUUGGACCUUAUGACGAUCUGUUUAGCAACUUAUUUCACAAAAAAUUCAAUUUACAUAUAAACAAAUUGUCUUUACUAAUUAGACAUUUUAACAUUGAUGGUUUUUGUAACAUAUUUAUGACUUUAAAGUUUAACCCUUCAACCAAUGUUAUUAAUGUAAUAUCAUUGGUCAAGACCACAAUCUUAAUAUAUAUACAGUGUGUGUGGACAGCUAUGAUCUAGUGAAUUUUAUUUAUUUUUAUUCUGCACAAAUUUUAAAUUACAGACGGGCGCAUUUGGUAUGACAUAUAUAUAUACAGGGUGAUUGGAAAUUCGCCGUAUUGCUUGAAAGGGGUUAUUCUAUGGGUCAUUUGCAAUGAUUUAAGUCCAGUCAACCAGGGGUCAAAACUCAUUGGUUUUCAAGUUAUUAGAGUUAUUAGCUUUUUGUUUAAAAAACCCGCCUUUCGACUAAAAAGUGGUAAUUGUGAAAAAACUACUCAAAUUUGGAAUUAAAAAAAGCAUUCAUCUAAUAGCCAAUAAACUACUGAUUACGUGAAAUAAAAAAAAUGCCAAAACUUUCGAAAUUUUUCCAAAAAAAAGGAUUUGAAGUCACAAUUUUUUUGUAAUUUUCCCAAGACUUUGUAACAUUUUAAGGCAUUACUUAAAAAAAAGUAUGACACUUUGCGUACAAAAUACAGAAAUGAGUUCCUCUGUUCCUCAGCUUUCCAAAAAAGUACGAAUGUCGACAUUUUCUCUCACACUUUUUUUUAAGUAAUGCCUUAAAAUGUUACAAAGUCUUGGGAAAAUUAUAAAAAAAUUGUGACUUCAAAUCCUUUUUUUUUGAAAAUUUUGGAAAGUUUUGGCAUUUAUUUUUAUUUCUCGUAAUCAGUAGUUUAUUGGCUAUUAGAUGAAUGCUUUUUUUAAUUCCAAAUUUGAGUAGUUUUUUCACAAUUACCACUUUUUAGUCGAAAGGCGGGUUUUUUAAACAAAAAACUAAAAACUCAAAUAACUUGAAAACCAAUGAGUUUUGACCCCUGGUUGACUGGACUUAAAUCAUUGCAAAUGACCCAUAGAAUAACCCCUUUCAAGGAAUACGGCGAAUUUCCAAUCACCCUGUAUAUGUAUAUAUAUAUAUAUAUAUGUGUGUGUGUAAUUAUACCGGUCGGUGUGUAAGAGGUGUCAUUCGGUAGCUUAAGAACUGGGGCAUAAAUGUCAUUAAUCAUUAUUGAACUACGUAUUUAUAAGAGUAAUGUAUUUUUUAGGGUUCCGCACCCAAAGGGUAAAACGGGACCCUAUUACUAAGACUCCGCUGUCCGUCCGUCCGUCCGUCUGUCACCAGGCUGUAUCUCACGAACCGUGAUAUUUAUGUAAUUUAUGUAAAUGAUAUAUGUAGUAAAUUUUCACAGAUGAUAUAUUUCUGUUGCCGCUAUAACAACAAAUACUAAAAAGUACGGAACCCUCUGUGGGCGAAUCCGACUCGCACUUGUCCGGUUUUUUUAUGCGUUACGUCGGUAUUUUCACGGGGCUGUGGUGUAGAACCGGUGGUAGUUUUUGGACAAAUUGGCGUCUUUGCUCGCAAUAAUGUGGACAUGACUCCAAAUUUGAUUAAAUAAUUAAGCAUUUUAUUAAUUUCUUACCUGAGGUUUAAUUUUGAUUCCUAAUCAAUAAAUAGCACAAACAUUUCUUAUAAUGUAAAUUAUUAAAGCAAAUAAUCAGUAUUUUUUCCAAAUUUUUUGUAGGUAAGUACUCUUUUUUUUGUAUCAUAAAUAUAUUUAAGUGCAAUUUAUUGACUAGGGAACAAAAUUAAAUCUCAGGUAAAAAAAUAAUUAAAUGAUUAAAUAUUUAAUCAAAUUUGGAGUCAUGUCCACAUUAUUGCGAGCUAUGACGCCAGUUUAUCCGAUCUUUGUUCAUAAGUGCGUUGAUAUACUUAUGCCUAAAUUGAAAAAUAAAGAUAAAGACUAUCACUUUCAUUAAAUCAUUAGAAAAUGUUAUAGUUCAGCCACCAUAACUUUAUCCUAUCACAUUGUAUAGCCAAGUAUUAUACAAAGUAGGUCGUAAAUACGUGUAAUAAAUUAGGGUAAUCUACUAUAUUGUUGGCAGGUUGGCACCUUUAACAGUAUUAGGCAGCAGUUACAAAUUUUUCACAUAAAAGGUGCCAAUGGCCGGUACUUACGUAUCAGUAAGUACUAAUCAUUAGUUCACAAUGUUUUUGUACUUGACCAUUUUUAUGAUUACGAUAUUAUUACAAUAUGCAGAUUGUAUUGAUGUUGUACAGUCGCCAUCAGAUACAUCGGAGCGGCUAAGGCGCUCACAAAUAUCUGAACACGCCUCUAUUGUCAGGGCGUUAGAGUGCGUGUUCAGAUAUUGUGAACACCUUGGCCGCUCCGAUAUAUUUGAUGGCGACUGUAAUGUAAUUAAUGAUUCACUUUAUUGGAAAUAAGUAUUUAACAGGAUUGAAGUAAAAGUGGUUCGUUUUGAUACUAAUAAUGAAACUUAUAGACUAAUAAAAAUGAUAUUUAGUUGAUUGUGAGUCUCUCUGAUUGACAAAAAUAACCCAAAGAUGAAUAAAUAGAAUGUGUAGAUUUAGAACCAGUCUUAGUUUUCUGUAGGUACAAUUUCCAAUAACUGUGCUGUUACAGUAAACACUACAACUUUACCAACCGUUAUAUUUUACUACAGAGAUCAUGCAUGGACUGUAAUAGGGGGCAGCACAGGACGCGUGAUCGAUCCCCCCACGUUUUUGUAUCAAGUAGUGGCGUAGCGUGAACUAAUCUAGCCGUGGGCGAAGUCGCAUUACGAGGCCCUUUUCUUUCUUGUGCCCGAAGGGGACUGGCGCGAGACCCCCCUAGGGAGCUAGGCCGUGGGCGACGGCCCACUUCGUCCACGUCUACCUAUGCCACUGGCAUCAAGUUCAUAUUAUUUAUUAAGAGACCUUUGUAAAGAUUUGUAGAGACAAAUCUUGCGACAAUGGUAUGCAGUUUUUUUCAUACAUCGCUUAGCCCGCCUGAGAGCAUGUGAUUUGUUGCAAGUUUUGUAGAGGCUUUAAAGACUCAAUGCGACAUCACUGCUAUCUGAUUGUCAAAAUAAGGGUCGCGCUCAUCUGCUUCGGCGACUCUUCAUCAAUCAGGAAGAAGUACUUCGCACUGCUAUGUAGAUUGUAGGUAGAUAGAUUCUGUUUCGUCAAACCGUUAAGGAAUCUCUGAGCUGUUUAUACGAAUUUGAAUCGUUUAGGAUCGGUUGCACCAAACCAUCUGUUACCGUUACAAUGUUAUUUUUUUGUUGGGAAGUUUCAUAGUUUGAUUGUAUAGUUUCAUAGUUCUCUGCUGAGUGAUGUUGAUCGGUCUGUCUGUGGUGGUUGGUGCAACUACCCUUAACCAUAGUUAAGAUACGAUAAUAAGUGCUAAUUAAACGGGCUUGUUUCUUUUCAUUCAGAACGACAGUCGUCAUUUUGGUAGCGUGUCGGUAGCCCUAGCCAACCACACUAUAAAGCUGGCCAUACACACUAGGGUACGCCUGCGCAGUUUUACCUGUACAGAUCAUCUGCGCAGUUAAAACGGAGCGUCUGUGGCAUUCGAUUGUGCAGUUUUCUACAACUGCACAGUUGACCUGCGCAAAUAUGAUAAUACAUAUUUUUUACCUGUGGGCUCUUGAACUGUACCUAGGUAAAACUGAGCGUGUGUGGCGUUCGCCUGCGCAGCUCUCAGUUGAUCGCGGAUAGAUUGCGAUUGCAUAAAAAUGUCUCAUAAGACAUUCGUAUGACCUUCCAGAACCAAGGAAUCGCAAUUUUACUGUUAAUUUUUCAUUAGGAGUUAUAGCGGUUCUCAUAAUAGUGUCCUGCCAUUUAAUAUAGGGUUUAUUUAACAUCCUUAGAACAAAUUAAAUUAUUUCAGUUUAUCCUUAGAUAGAUUCAGUAAUAUUCAGGAUAUAUUUUAAAUUCCUUUCAGUGCUCCGUCAACAUCAAGCACAGCUGACGACUGUGCCAUGGCUACAUAACUGAGAGUUUGUGCAGGUUUACCGCUGCCGUGUGUGUGCUCCACCCAGCUAGGGUUUAUGGCCAGCUUAACAGAUAAGGGUCGGUCGAGUAUAGCAAUUUAAAGUUCUACUAUAGUUUCGAGACCUUGAUUAGCACAAAUUAUUUCUUUCAUUCAAAGUUUGUGCGUUUUUAAGGUAGUGUUUUUAUUAAUAAAUGUAUGUUUUACGUAA